AUGACGAAUCUGCUUGACGUGUCAUUUGGUGAAGCUUUGAAGGAUCAAACAGCGGAACGUAUCUUCAAUGACUAUUCAUGGGAUGAACUUAGUCUUCAUCAUGGUUUAAUGAGCAUGCAUUUUGAUCACAAGUGUGUUGCUGCUAAAUUUGCAGAGCCUAACAUGGAACAGGAAGAGAGAGCAUGGUGUGCUAGUCAUGUCCAGGGAAGAUCAGUAGCUGUGGCAGGACUACCAAGAAUAACUGGAGGAAUCCCCAGUUACGGAGAUGGGGAAUGGCCAUGGCAGGCCAGUCUCCAGCGGGAUAACAUCCAUCGCUGUGGUGCAACGCUAAUCAGUAACACGUGGCUUGUGUCUGCAGCCCAUUGCUUCAGAGAAGCAAAAAAUCCACGUAAAUGGACUGUUACCUUUGGAACAUAUUUACGGCCACCGCUAAUGAUACGGCAUGUCAGGACCAUCAUUGUUCAUGAACAGUACCGGUACCCAGCCCAUGAACAUGACAUUGCUGUUGUACAGCUAGCUAAACAUGUGGAGUUCUCAGGUGUGGUUCAUCAUGUGUGCCUUCCUGAUGCAAUGGAGGUUUUUCCAUACAACAUAGAUGCGGUUGUUACAGGAUGGGGAGCAGUAAGUAAUGAUGGCGAAACCCCUAAUGUUCUUCAGGAAGCAACAGUAAAGCUCAUCGAUUCUGAAACCUGCAAUAGAAAAGAAGUGUACAAUGGGGCCAUAACACCUGGAAUGCUGUGCGCUGGGUACUUGGAAGGAGGCAUAGAUUCCUGCCAGGGUGACUCUGGUGGUCCGCUGGUUACACCUGAUAUAAGAAACAUGUGGUAUCUUGUCGGCAUAGUGAGCUGGGGGGAUGAGUGUGCUAAGCCAAACAAGCCUGGAGUCUACACACGAGUAACUUAUUAUCGAGACUGGAUUACUAAACAUACUGGGCUCUGA